AUGGCGGCCCGGAGCGCCCCGAACUGCCACCUGCGGCUCGAGUGGGUGUACGGCUACCGGGGCCACCAGUGCCGCAACAACCUCUACUACACGGCGGCCAAGGAGAUCGUGUACUUCGUGGCGGGCGUCGGCGUGGUGUACAGCCCGCGGGAGCACCGGCAGAAGUUCUACCGGGGACACAGCGACGACAUCAUCAGCCUUGCAUUGCAUCCUGAGCGAGUAUUAGUAGCAACAGGACAAGUUGGGAAAGAGCCUUAUAUCUGUGUUUGGGAUUCAUACACUGUGCAGACCAUAUCAGUUCUAAAGGAUGUUCAUACACAUGGUAUAGCCUGUUUAGCAUUCGACUUAGAUGGACAGCGCUUGGUUUCAGUUGGACUUGAUUCAAAGAAUGCAGUUUGUGUUUGGGAUUGGAAGAGGGGAAAAAUGUUAUCUAUGGCCCCUGGUCACACAGAUAGAAUAUUUGAUAUCUCUUGGGAUUUGUACCAGCCAAAUAAACUUGUCAGCUGUGGUGUAAAACAUAUCAAGUUCUGGAGUUUAUGUGGAAAUGCUCUGACCCCAAAACGAGGGGUCUUUGGUAAGACUGGUGACCUUCAAACAAUUUUGUGCCUGGCCUGUGCAAGGGAUGAAUUGACAUAUUCUGGUGCACUUAAUGGGGAUAUAUAUGUUUGGAAAGGAAUCAAUCUUAUAAGGACAAUACAAGGAGCCCACACUGCAGGAAUUUUUAGUAUGAAUGCUUGUGAAGAAGGCUUUGCUACUGGUGGCAGAGAUGGCUGUAUUCGUCUUUGGGAUUUAACUUUUAAACCGAUUACUGUGAUUGAUCUCAGGGAAACAGACCAGGGAUACAAAGGUUUGUCUGUGAGGAGUGUUUGUUGGCGAGGUGACCACAUUCUAGUUGGAACACAGGACAGUGAAAUUUUCGAAAUUGUGGUGCAUGAAAGAAAUAAACCUUUCCUAAUUAUGCAAGGGCAUUGUGAAGGUGAACUUUGGGCACUUGCCAUCCAUCCUACAAAACCUUUGGCUGUGACUGGAAGUGAUGAUCGUUCAGUCAGGAUAUGGAGCCUAGUAGAUCAUGCACUAAUAGCAAGGUGUAAUAUGGAAGAACCAAUUCGUUGUGCAGCUGUAAAUGUAGAUGGAAUCCAUCUUGCCCUUGGAAUGAAGGAUGGCUCAUUCACUGUACUUAGAGUAAGAGAUAUGACCGAAGUUGUACAUAUUAAAGAUAGGAAGGAGGCGAUUCAUGAGUUAAAGUACUCACCAGAUGGAACUUACCUUGCUGUUGGAUGUAAUGACAGCUCAGUUGAUAUCUACGGCGUUGCGCAACGUUAUAAAAAAUUGGGGGAAUGUGUUGGAUCACUUAGUUUCAUCACUCAUCUGGACUGGUCCUCAGACAGUAGAUAUUUACAGACAAAUGAUGGAAAUGGGAAAAGACUUUUUUAUAGAAUGCCAGGAGGAAAAGAAGUGACAAACGAAGAAAUAAAAGGUGUUCAUUGGGCUUCAUGGACAUGUGUUUCAGGCCUUGAAGUAAAUGGAAUUUGGCCCAAGUAUUCAGAUAUCAAUGACAUAAAUUCAGUAGAUGGAAAUUAUAUUGGCCAAGUUUUAGUUACAGCUGAUGACUAUGGAAUUAUAAAAUUAUUCCGAUAUCCUUGUUUGAGAAAAGGGGCCAAGUUUAAAAAAUAUAUUGGCCAUUCGGCUCACGUAACAAAUGUCAGGUGGUCACAUGACUAUCAGUGGGUUAUUUCUAUUGGUGGAGCAGAUCACUCUGUCUUUCAGUGGAAAUUUAUUCCUGAAAGAAAACUAAAAGAUGCUCUUCACAUAGCACCCCAAGAAAGUCUGGCUGACUCUAAUAGUGAUGAAUCAGAUUCAGAUCUGUCUGAUGUUCCAGAGCUGGAUUCUGAAAUUGAACAAGAGACACAGCUUACCUAUCGUCGGCAGGUUUACAAAGAAGAUCUACCUCAGCUUAAAGAACAGUACAAGGAGAAACAAAAAAGUGGUACUUCUAAAAGAAGAGAGCGGGCUCCAGGAAAUAGUAUUCGAUUACACUUUGUUCACGGUUACAGAGGUUAUGACUGUCGAAGUAAUCUGUUUUAUACUCAAACUGGUGAAAUUGUGUACCAUGUAGCAGCAGUGGGUGUCAUUUACAAUCGACAGCAGAACACACAGCGCUUUUACCUGGGUCAUGAUGAUGAUAUUCUCUGCCUGGCCAUUCAUCCUUUGAAAGACUAUGUGGCAACAGGGCAGGUAGGUAGGGAUCCCUCAAUUCACAUAUGGGAUACAGAGACCAUUAAACCAUUGUCAGUAUUAAAAGGCUGCCACCAAUAUGGUGUCUGUGCUGUUGAUUUCUCAGCGGAUGGGAAACGCUUGGCUUCAGUUGGAAUAGAUGAUAGCCACACUAUUGUGCUGUGGGACUGGAAGAAAGGAGAGAAACUUUCAGUAGCAAGAGGGAGUAAAGAUAAGAUUUUUGUUGUAAAGAUGAACCCAUACGUGCCUGAUAAAUUAAUUACAGCUGGAAUUAAACACGUGAAAUUUUGGCGUAGAGCAGGGGGAGGACUGAUUGGAAGAAAAGGCUAUGUAGGCACACUGGGGAAAAAUGACACGAUGAUGUGUGCGGUGUAUGGAUGGACAGAAGAGAUGGCUUUUUCUGGAACAUCCACAGGAGACGUGUGCAUCUGGAGAGAUGUCUUUCUUGUGAAAACAGUCAAAGCACAUGAUGGGCCAGUGUUUAGUAUGCAUGCAUUGGAAAAAGGAUUCGUAACUGGAGGAAAAGAUGGUGUAGUAGCUCUUUGGGAUGACUCCUUUGAAAGAUGUCUCAAGACCUAUGCUAUAAAAAGAGCCGCUUUGGCACCAGGAUCUAAAGGUCUUCUCUUGGAAGAUAACCCAUCUAUACGUGCCAUAUCAUUAGGACAUGGUCAUAUUUUAGUUGGCACAAAGAAUGGUGAAAUACUAGAAGUGGAUAAAAGUGGCCCAAUAACACUUCUGGUCCAGGGACACAUGGAAGGAGAGGUGUGGGGUUUGGCUACACAUCCUUACCUGCCCAUCUGUGCUACUGUAAGUGAUGAUAAAACCUUAAGAAUAUGGGAUCUCUCUCCUAGUCAUUGUAUGUUGGCUGUCCGGAAACUGAAAAAGGGUGGGAGAUGUUGCUGUUUUUCUCCUGAUGGUAAAGCUUUAGCUGUAGGUCUGAAUGAUGGAAGUUUCUUAAUGGCAAAUGCAGAUACUCUAGAGGAUCUUGUGUCUUUUCACCACAGAAAAGAUAUUAUUUCAGAUAUUCGAUUUUCACCAGGUUCUGGGAAAUACCUUGCAGUAGCAUCCCAUGACAGUUUUAUAGAUAUAUACAAUGUGAUGAGUAGUAAACGAGUAGGAAUAUGCAAAGGCGCUACCAGUUACAUAACCCAUGUUGAUUGGGACAUUAGAGGAAAGCUUUUACAGGUCAACACUGGUGCUAAAGAACAGUUAUUCUUUGAAGCUCCCAGAGGGAAAAAACAAACCAUCCCCAGUGUGGAGGUAGAAAAGAUUUGUUGGGCAUCAUGGACAAGUGUGCUUGGUUUAUGCUGUGAGGGAAUUUGGCCAGUAAUUGGAGAAAUCACAGACAUAACUGCCUCUUGCCUCACCAGUGACAAAAUGAUCCUAGCUACUGGGGAUGAUUUGGGAUUUGUGAAGUUAUUUAGAUAUCCUGCAAAAGGAAAAUUUGGAAAAUUUAAGAGGUAUGUGGCCCAUAGUACACAUGUCACAAAUGUUCGCUGGACUUACGAUGACAGCAUGUUGGUUACCUUAGGAGGUGCAGAUAUGUCUUUAAUGGUUUGGACAAAUGAAAUCGAGGGCUAUCGAGAAAAAAGGCCUUGUGAUAGUGAAGAAUCUGAUACAGAUUCGGAAGAAGAUGGGGGCUAUGACAGUGAUGUUACAAGGGAGAAUGAAAUCAGUUACACCAUUAGAGCCUUAUCAACAAAUAUUCGCCCAAUGUUUGGAGUCAAGCCUCAUUUGCAACAAAAAGAACCCUCAGUUGAUGAGAGGCAGGGGGUAGUAAGAGGUUCCAGGCCCCCCGUGAGCAGAGCCCCACCAAGGCCAGAAAAACUCCAGACAAACAAUGUUGGCAAGAAAAAGAGACCUAUAGAGGACCUUGUGUUGGAGCUUGUUUUUGGCUAUCGAGGAAGAGACUGUAGGAAUAAUGUUCACUAUCUAAAUGAUGGUGAUGAUAUAAUUUAUCACACUGCAUCCGUUGGAAUUUUGCAUAAUGUUGCUACAGGGACUCAGAGUUUUUAUCAGGAACAUAAUGAUGAUAUACUGUGCCUCACUGUAAAUCAGCAUCCCAAAUUUAUCAACAUAGUGGCAACUGGCCAAGUAGGUGAUUUAGCAGACAUGUCAGCUACAGCUCCUUCCAUCCACAUCUGGGAUGCGGUGAACAAGCAGACUUUAUCUAUCCUGAGAUGCUACCAUUCAAAGGGAGUGUGUUCAGUCAGCUUCAGUGCUACUGGAAAACUCUUGCUGUCUGUGGGGCUGGACCCAGAACAUACUAUUACCAUUUGGAGAUGGCAGGAAGGUACCAAAAUUGCCAGCAGAGCUGGCCACAACCAGCGUAUUUUUGUGGCCGAAUUCCGACCAGAUUCAGAUUCCCAGUUUGUCUCUGUGGGAGUCAAACACGUGAAGUUCUGGACACUGGCAGGAAGGGCUCUUCUUAGCAAAAAAGGGCUCCUGAGCACAGUGGAGGAUGCGCGGAUGCAGACCAUGCUUGCUGUUGCAUUUGGUGCAAAUAACUUGACGUUUACAGGUGCCGUCAGUGGAGAUGUGUGUGUGUGGAGAGAUCACAUAUUGUGUAGGAUCGUGGCCAGAGCUCACAACGGGCCCGUGUUCGCCAUGUACACCACGCUUCGGGACGGCCUGGUCGUGACCGGCGGCAAGGAGAGGCCGUCAAAAGAAGGGGGAGCAGUCAAACUGUGGGAUCAGGAGCUGAGACGGUGCCGCGCCUUCAGGCUCGAGACCGGACAAAUCACGGACUGUGUUCGUUCUGUGUGCAGAGGCAAAGGCAAGAUCCUAGUUGGGACAAGGAAUGCGGAGAUCAUUGAAGUUGGAGAGAAAAAUGCAGCAUGUAAUAUUUUAGUUAAUGGCCAUGUGGAUGGACCCAUAUGGGGACUGGUGACACAUCCUUCCCGGGAUUUUUUCCUUUCUGCUGCAGAAGAUGGGACAGUGAGACUCUGGGAUAUUGCUGAUAAAAAGAUGUUAAACAAAGUGAAUUUGGGACAUGCUGCUCGUACUGUGUGUUACAGCCCUGAAGGGGAUAUGGUGGCUAUUGGAAUGAAAAAUGGAGAAUUUAUUAUUUUACUGGUGAGCUCUCUAAAAAUAUGGGGAAAGAAGAGAGAUAGACGAUGUGCAAUCCAUGAUAUCAGAUUUAGUCCAGAUUCCCGGUUUCUGGCUGUGGGUUCUAGUGAGAACUCCGUGGAUUUUUACGACCUAACAUUGGGCCCCACCCUUAACAGAAUCAGCUACUGCAGAGACAUUCCCAGCUUUGUCAUUCAAAUGGACUUCUCUGCAGAUAGCAGGUAUCUCCAGGUCUCCACUGGUUGCUAUAAACGACAUGUCUAUGAAGUGCCUUCAGGAAAACCUGUUACGGAUCAGGCCGCCAUGGACAGGAUCACUUGGGCUACAUGGACUAGUAUUCUAGGGGAUGAAGUUACGGGAAUCUGGUCCCGACACACCGAGAAAGCCAAUGUCAACUGUGCCUGCGUAUCUCAUUCAGGAAUCAGCCUUGUAACAGGAGAUGACUUUGGCAUGGUUAAGUUAUUUGACUUCCCGUGUCCUGAAAAAUUUGCAAAGCACAAAAGGUUCUUGGGUCAUUCACCUCAUGUGACAAAUAUUCGAUUUACCAGCGGUGAUCGACAUGUCGUUAGUGCCGGAGGUGAUGACUGCAGUUUAUUUGUCUGGAAAUGUGUACAUAUGCCUCACUGA